AUGGGGAUUCAGAAGCAGAAAUGGAUGACAGAGGAGGAAGAAACCCUAAAAGCAGGAGUGGCUAAGUAUGGCGCAGGCAAGUGGAAGCACAUCCUCACCGACCCUGAAUUUGCUCCUUUUCUUACUCAUCGUUCAAACAUUGACCUCAAGGACAAAUGGCGGAACAUGAGCUAUAAUACAGCAGGUUCUAGAGGAAAGAAAAAUAUUCCUAGAGCAAAAGCUACAGCCACAAGCCGACGUGCAAGCGGUCAAAGUUCAGCUUCUGCUCUUUCAUUUACUGAUGACGACAUGACUGAUUAUCCUUCUAAGAGCCCACAUGAUGCAAGAAUUAAUGCUCCCCGGUACCAUGAAAUGAUCUUUGAAGCACUUUCAGCCAUAAAAGAUUCAAAUGGAUGUGAUGUUGGUACCAUUGUAAAUUUUAUUGAGCAAAAGCAUGAGGUACCACCAAAUUUCAGAAGGUUGUUAAGUCCAAGAUUGAGAAGGCUCGUCUUGCAAGGGAAACUUGAAAAGGUCCAGAAUUGCUAUAGGAUUAAGAAGGAAACACCUCUGGGAACUAUAACACCUUAUCCAAAGCAAGACGAGAUCAGGCUGUGGGCAUGGCAACAUUCUGCAGGUUUAGCUAUCUGUGAUGAGACAGUGGAACAAGCUGCAAUGACUGCAGCCAACAAGAUUGCUGAAUCAGAGAAUAUGUCAUUUGUGGCAGCUGAAGCGGUAGAAGAGGCAGAAAGAGUGUUAAAAAUGGCAGAAGAAACCAACUCAAUGCUGCAGCUAGCGAAGGAGAUCUAUGAACAAUGUUCAGGUGGUGAAAUUGUUGUCCUGGUUUGAUUCCCGCCAUGUAUGAUUUUGAUAGAAGUAAUCUGAGUAAUUCUUGGACCUUGUACUUAUAAAGUUGGUUGUGCUAGGUAAGCUGUCCUCCGAGCAAGGGACUCAUUUUUCUUUCUUG